AAACCGUUAAAUGCGCGGCUCUGAGUACGAUAAUCUGGCAACGGUGGACUGAGGGAGGCGGGAACAAGGAAUCAGCUGUUGUGUGUUCCAGUCAAAACCGGUGCGUGCUCUCAUUAAUUUCGCGGCUCCCAAGUGUGCAGAACGGCCAUGGCAGGAAGACGCAAACGUGGGGCGAUGAAGGAUACUGUGCCAGAAGCAGAGGUGGAGGAGCCUGUGGUCAGUAAGGAAGAUGUGAAAGAAGCCACUGAGGAUCAGGGAGAUGAUGGGAGCCAGGUGACAGCCAAGGCAGCUGAUGGGAAGAACAAAGAGGAGCCAUUAAAUGUUAAGGAAGAACAGGUGGAGGAAGAGACAGAAGAGAGCCAGGAGGAAGAAGAUCCAUCAGUUGCCAAAAAGGUCAUGAAGCCAAAGGAGGAGGAUGAAGAGUUUAAGUUGAAGUUGGAGACUGAGUCGGAGGGAGAGGAGGAGGCACCACCUCUAAUUAAGAGAGGAAGAGGAGCAGCUGCCAAACCAAAGAAGGUUGUACAGGAUGAAGCAGAGAAAGAGACAACAUCACAAAUUAGAAUGGUAAGGAAAAGGGCAGCUGCUAAACCAAAGGAGGAGGUCCAUGAUGAAGAGGAAGAAGACACCCCCCCUCAAGUUAAGCAGGGAAGGAAGAGAGCAGCUGCUAAACCAAAGCAGGAGGUCCAUGAUGAAGAGGACGAAGACACCCCCCCUCAAGUUAAGCAGGGAAGGAAGAGAGCAGCUGCCAAACCAAAACAGGAGGUCCAUGAUGAAGAAGAAGAAGACACACCACCACGAAGUAAGCCAGGAAGGAAGAGAGCACCUCCCAAACCAAAGCAGAAGGUCCAGGAUGAGGAUGAGGAUGCAGACACACCACCACAAGUUAAGCAGGGAAGGAAGAGAGCAGCUGCCAAACCAAAACGAAAGGUACAAGAUGAGGAGGAGGAGGAGGAAGACAUCCCCCCACAAAGUAAGCCAGGAAGGAAGAGAGCACCUCCCAAACCAAAGCAGAAGGUCCAGGAUGAGGAUGAGGAUGUAGAUACACCCCCACAAAUUAAGCAGGGGAGAAAAAGAGCAGCUGCCAAACCAAAACAAAAGGUACAGGAUGAGGAGGAGGAGGAGGAAGACCCCCCCCCACAAAUUAAGCAGGUGAGAAAGAGAGCACCUCCCAAACCAAAGCAGAACCAGGAUGAGGAUGAGGAGGAAGACACACCACCAGUCCAGAAGGGAAGGAAAAGAGCAGCAGUUGCAAAACCAAGGAAGAAGGCAACGAACAAAGUAAUGGACAAUGCAACGUUUGUCGUCCCUCAGAAGGAUGAUGAGGAAGAUGAAUCGUCUCCAUCUUCAGCGACGGGCAGCAAAAAGAAGGCUGCUGGAACUGCCAAGGCCCCAGGUGGGAAAGCUAAACCCAAGGCACCCAGGAAGCAGGCAGUCAGUAAGAAUACCCCACCAGUUGAGGGAAAAGAGAAUACUGACACCAGUAAUGUGCCCAACAAAUCUGGAGUUAAGACAGGUGUUGAGCGGAAGGUGGUGGUGAAGGGGCGGGCUGCCGUGGAUGCCCAUUGCCCCAUUGCCCAGCAUUCCCAUGUGUAUGAGGAGGAUGAGGAGGAUGACGUCAUCUGGGACUGUAUGUUGAAUCAGACCAACAUCCAGUUCAACAACAACAAGUUUUACCUCAUCCAGCUUUUGGAGGAUGACUCCAGUAAGACAUACUCAGUAUGGAUGCGUUGGGGCCGUGUUGGGGCCAACGGCCAAACAAGCCUUGUCCCGUGUGGCUCAAACCUUGACAAAGCCAAGGGCAUAUUUGAGAAGAAAUUUAGUGAUAAAACAAAGAAUGAUUGGGAUCUGAGGUUCAUGUUUGAGAAGGUCCCUGGCAAGUAUGACUUACUGAAGAUGGAUUAUUCUAAAGGAAAAGAUACUCCGGACUCGGCUGCUAUCGUAAAAAAGGCCAAGGAGAAAGCUGCCGUAGAGUGCCAGCUGCAUCCCAGGGUGAGGGCCAUCAUUGAGCUGAUCUGUGACAUCAAAUGCAUGGAGGAGGCCGUGGUGGAGAUGAAGUAUGAUGCCAACAAGGCACCGCUCGGCAAGCUGACCCGUGACCAGAUCAAGGCUGGCUACCUGGCCCUCAAGCGCAUUGAUGACCUCGUGGAGAGUGACAAGUUUGCAAUGAAGGACUUGCUACAAGCUUGUAAUGAUUUCUACACCAGGGUGCCACACUACUUUGGAAUGAAGGUUCCUCCCCUCAUCCGCACCAAGACUGAGAUCCGAGAGAAGGUGGCACUCCUUGAGGCUCUGGGUGACAUCCAGGCUGCUCUCAGUGUACUAGAUCAGCCCAUUGAUGUGAACACUCACCCAACUGACCAGCAUUACCGCAGCCUCAAGUGUGACCUGACGCCACUUGAGAAGGAUUCAGAGGAAUACAAGAUACUUGAGAAAUACAUGAAGACAACGCAUGCCAGGACCCACUGCCAGUACAGCUUGGAGCUGCUGGAGGUGCUGGCUUGUCGCAAGGAGAGUGAGCACCAGCGCUUCAAGGAUGUGGGUAACCGCAUGUUGCUGUGGCAUGGCUCACGCAUGUCCAACUGGGCCGGCAUCCUCAGCCAGGGCCUGCGUAUUGCCCCCCCGGAGGCCCCCGUCACUGGCUACAUGUUUGGAAAAGGAAUCUACUUUGCUGACAUGGCCAGCAAGAGUGCCAACUACUGCUGGGCCAAUGCAAGCAAAAAUGUUGGUUUCCUUCUGCUCUCGGAGGUGGCGCUGGGAGAGAGCAAUGAACUCCUUCAGGCAGAUUACAAUGCCGAUAACAUCCCAAAAGGAUUCCACUCUGUCAAGGGUUGUGGCAGGACGGCUCCACAGCCUGAGAACUUCACCAAACUGUCUGAUGGGACUGUUGUGCCCAUGGGACCAGGGGUGCAAAAUGUGGCAAAGAACAACAUGAACUACAGUCUCCUCUACAAUGAAUACAUUGUCUAUGAUCCAGCCCAAGUCCGUACACGGUUCCUCCUUAAGGUAAAGUUCAAUUUUAAGUAGCUUGCUCUGCCUUGUUCCCUGAGGAGCAGCAACAGGAGUAUGUUUUAGUCUUUUAGAAGAUGUGUAUGUGAGAGAAACUUGAAAGGAAUGUGUUUGUGAGAGGCACUUUUUGCAACUGUUGCCCUUUGCAUUACUAGGUCUUUUUCCUCAGUAAUGAGUUUUUGAUAGUCUUUGAGUAUAUAUGUAUUGAUCUGCAAUGGAAGCUUAACCUGAGUAUACUCUAGUAGUGUAAGACAAAGAGAAGCUUGUCAUGCCUUCAGAAACAUGCUUCUGAGAGGCUGCAAGGAGUAUUGAUAUGUAUUACAAGUGUGAGCAGUCUGUUUCUAGAGGGACAAGACAAACAUCAGUAUUUCUUACAUAAUGCAUUGUAGAGACUGUCCAGAAUGCUGCCACAAGUGAUUGGUAUUGAAACAGUUAGUACUAUUACUGGAAUGUGCCCACUUUGAUCCAAGAUGGCUGAUUUUUUGUGCUACAAGUGAUUAUUUUGUUUUUGUGAUAAGGACAGUAGUCAUCUGUGAUAUGAGGUUUGAAGAACAAUGUAUUUUAGUUUGUGAUAUGCCUUUGAAUAAAGUUUUACAGUUAAAUCUA